AAAAAGAUAUACAAUCUUCUUUUAAUGCGAUUCUCUGGAGGCAGGAACCAGGAAUUUCAGGAAACUAUAGAUCGUUUGGGCGACGCUUAUUGAAAUUGGAAAAUAGUAUUCGUUUUUCUUUCACAAUAGAUCGUGACAAGACCGAUGACGACCGGGCGACGACCCCGGAAUCCCUACGCAGCAGCAGUCCAGCACCAUCCCCAUCGCCGCCGCAGUUAGCGAGCAAUGCUACCAGCCCUCCACCGAGACGGUUCAUAUCCAGCAUCCUCGGCGGCGACGUACCAUACGGCAGCAGACGUCACGUGCUCACCCGGGCGGAGCGAAAGGAGUACAGCAGCCCGCCGAUAGCCUCGGACGAUCCACCACAGUUCCUGUCCAAAUCGGAGAAGAUCGCGUUGCCGAGGCCGCAGACGCCGCCGAAGACACCCCGCGUCGAGCCACCUACCAGGGUCUCGGUUAUCCAGAGGGUGCCGCCGCAAGGUGCCUCCAGGAAGGAAGAGAACAAGAUCGAGAUCGACAGAGUCGAUCCGAUACAAGCGCCCGAGCCGGAGCAGGAGCAGCCCAUAGAUUAUGCAGUGCCGAAGCGGAAGGAGGAAGACGAGGAGAAGUGUCGCGAUGGUGCGAUAGCAUCGCGUAGUCCUAGCAAUUCGAUCGCGAGGUCUCUUCUGGCCGUGAAGCUAUCCGGGUCACAGGUGGUACAGACAUCCGGGGGUCACGGCAGAUCCUCAAACUCGGGCAACAGCGGUUCCUCCGGCAGUGGCGGCGGCGGCGGUACCAGCAAUUCCUCACCCUCAAACGGCGGCGGCGGCAACGGUGGCGGUGGUGGUAGCGGCGGCGGUGGCGGUGCUAUGAUCGGCGGUGGAUGCGGAAGCGGAGCGAUGAUCGGCGGGGGUGGCAGCGGCGGUGGCGGUGCCCUGGGUGGUGGAGCGGGUGCGGGAGGCAUGCCCCCCGGCGGAAAUGGGGGUCGCGGCAACUAUGGGCCCAGUUCACCACCUACGGGGUCUCUACCGCCGUUUUACGAGUCGCUGAAGGGUGGCAACAACAUCGCGAACUUCGCCAAUCAGUACAACAGCUCUCAAGGAAACGCAUACCUCACGCCACUAACGGCGGUCGGAAUCGAAUGCGACACCGGACAGCAAGACAACUCUCAGCACGCACAAUACAACGCACAGGAGGGCAAGCAGUACUCUCUCCUACAGAAUGUUUGCGCGAACGUUUGCGCGUCCUACGGUCUUACGUUCAAGGAGGAGGAGGAGGAGCUGGCGGGCUACAAAAUUCAGCCGAACGACUUGCUGUCCGCGCAAUACGGCGCCUACGAUGUCACCGACACGGGCAUGAUGGUGGACAUGGUGACCGGCACCAUGGUGGUAGAUCCGCUGCAGUUCACCGCGGCGACCUUGACCUUUAACUCGCCGUCCGAUCACACGGCACUCCUCGAGACGCUGAAUGACGCGGCGGACCUUCUGUUGCCCAGGUUGCAGACCGAGGACGGCGGCAGUGAUCUCUUAGAGGAGUCCCUGCACUCGCCCGCCUCGACCGGCAGCAGCGGAAUCGGCCAGGACGCCGGUCAAAUGACCACUCCCGUCGAGCCUAGUGUCGAUCCUUUCCCCGAGCACAGCAUGGCCUUGACCAGAGGCUUUGACACGAGACACUACACGACCCCGCAACACUUCAACGCGUCCAAGCUCGCGGGAUUGAGCUAUGCGGCCGGCGAGACGAGCUACCAGUCGCUUCAGAAGGAACGUCCGGAUCUCGCGUUGCACGUUAAUCAGAACCAUCAGCACCAGCAGGAGCAGCAGCUGCAGAUUCAGGUGCAGCUGCAGCAGCAUCAGCAGAAGCAACAGGCCACGUCGCCGCAUCAGCAACAGCAACAGCAGCAACAGCAUCAGAGUCUUCUGAGCCCCGGAUUGAAUUUCAAUAAUGAUUUAGAACUAAGAACUAAUGCCACGGUUCGGUUCUUUAAUCUCAAUCAAGGUUUAGAAAUAGACUCCGGUAGCAGCGUAGGCGGAAGCCUGCCCAGCCCUGGGACCGCGAGCUGUUCCCUGGACGGCGCCUCGACCGGCACCUCGCCAUCGUGCGGACUGGGAGAACACGCGCACAGCCCGGUUGUGUCACCCACCACGGUCGCAGCUCAAGCCGCCGGAACGGUUAACGAACCACCGCUCUCGCAACGGGUCGGUGUACUUCAACAAAGGCUGGGUUUACCGAGCGACUGUCAGCUAGAAUUUGUUAACGGUGGUCACGGCAUAAAAAAUCCUCUAGCCAUCGAGGGUCAGAGGCAAGCGGCAGCUAAUCGAGAUGAGGAGAGAACAAAUCGUACUCCGCCUGGCAAGGACGACGAUCCCAAUCGUUUUACCUGUCGCGUGUGCAGCAAGAACUUCAGCCUUCAGCGGCUUCUCAAUCGUCACAUGAAGUGUCAUAGUGACGUGAAGCGUUAUUUGUGUACAUUCUGCGGGAAAGGCUUCAACGAUACGUUCGAUCUCAAGAGGCAUACGCGGACGCACACGGGCGUGCGACCCUACAAAUGCUUCCUCUGCGAGAAAAGUUUCACGCAACGGUGCUCACUGGAGAGUCACGGUCAAAAGGUUCACGGCGUUCAACAUCAAUACGCCUAUAAGGAACGACGCGCUAAGAUGUACGUUUGCGAGGAAUGCGGACAUACGACGCACGAGCCGGAGGUGCAUUAUCUUCACCUGAAGGAGCAGCAUCCCUACAGCCCGGCGCUGCUGAAGUUCUACGACAAGCGGCACUUCAAGUUCACCAAUAGUAACUUCGCCAAUAUGUUGCUCCAGGGUGGCCUCUUACAACGGGACUCACGGAAUACGGACAGCUGCGGCCUCGCGGAGCGACGAGAGACGGCCUCAAAGGGCGGCGACGCGGCUCAUCAACAGACCACGACCAGCUUCUAAAUCAAUCGAGAACGAGAAUCCGGAUGAAAGAGAAAGAGAGAGAACGAGAGAGUGAAAGAAUAAGAAAGAGAGAGAAAAGGGGGAAAGAAAGAGAGAUGCCGAUCGAUCACGCGUUCGUUCUUCAAUCAGGCUGAUGAAGGGACGUCUCGCGCGUUAAGUACCUGCAGGUGGCUCCCAUUGCGGUGACACUGAUGAAUGAACAAACAUCGAAGUUCGACGACAGGAUCCGAUUGAGGGAUCGCACGGGAUCUGUGACCAAUUAAUUCCUGCCGUCUUAAAUUCAGGGGAUAGAGGAGGCAGAGGACCGGGGAUCGCCAGAGGCGAAUAGAGAAAUAAGAGUAAGGAAAGAUCUUCGCGUGCAGCUACAACAAUCGCAAAA